AUGACCGUCCCUCUGUCGCCUCGACCCCUGCGUCCUGAUGAGCGUAUUCUUACCAAUGAAGACGGCGGUAUCGACACGCCUGCCCGUGCCCCCUCUCCAGUCCACAACUUCGGUACUCUGGCUGUUCAUGCCGGCUCCCCCCAUGAUCCUUAUACCGGUGCUGUGAUCGAACCUCUUUCACUCUCUACUACAUUUGCCCAGACUGCCGUCGGCAAGCCCGUCGGUCUGUACGAGUACAGCCGCAGCUCCAACCCCAACAGAGACAAUUUUGAAGAGGCCGUGGCUGCCCUAGAACAUGCGAGAUACGCCCUUGCCUUUGCAUCGGGCUCUGCGACCACUGCGACAAUCCUUCAAUCUCUAGCUGCUGGAUCCCACGUCAUUUCUGUAUCCGACGUCUAUGGCGGGACACAUCGUUAUUUCACAAAGGUGGCCCUUGCCCACGGCGUUGAAGUCACCUUUUCCCCGUCGAUCGAGCUGGACAUCGAAGAAUUGAUAAGAGAGCAAACAAAACUAAUCUGGAUCGAGAGUCCUUCUAACCCAACCUUGAGCUUGGUGGACAUCAGACAAGUCGCCACCACGGCUCACAAGCACGGCAUUCUCGUCGUCGUAGACAAUACUUUCUUGUCUCCAUAUGUUCAGAACCCCCUUGACCAUGGCGCCGAUAUCGUUAUCCACUCGGUCACAAAAUACAUCAAUGGUCAUUCGGACGUGGUAAUGGGCGUUGCAGCAUUCAACUCGGAUGAGCUCAAAGAACGCUUGACUUUUCUUCAAAACGCCAUUGGCGCAGUCCCUUCUCCUUUCGACUGCUGGCUGGCACACAGAGGUCUAAAGACUUUGCACCUUCGUGCUCGUGAAGCCAGUGUAAAUGCCAUGACGGUUGCCUCGGCUCUAGAAGCUUCGCCUAACGUCCUUGCUGUGAACUACCCCGGUCUUGCGUCUCACAAGCAAAGAGCUAUUGCUAUCAAACAACACCGAAAUGGCAUGGGAGGUGGUAUGCUUAGUUUCAGAAUCAAGGGUGGCCAUGCUGCUGCUGAACGUUUCUGUCAGUCUACUAAAAUCUUCACCCUUGCCGAGAGUUUGGGAGGUGUCGAGAGUCUGUGUGAAGUCCCAAGUGCAAUGACCCACGCCGGAAUUCCUCAGCAACAGCGAGAGGCCAUUGGUGUCUUCGACGAUCUGAUCAGGCUUAGCUGUGGUGUGGAGGAUGCUGCCGAUUUGAGGAAGGAUGUUCUCCAAGCUGUCGAGAAAGCUGUCGUUGGUCCAAAGAUCAAUAACGCUCUCAAUGGUGCUCCUAGCGGUCAUCGUUCCAAUGGUGCAACUGUAUCCAGGCGAUGA